AUCUAAACAUUAAACAAAAACAUGCGGAGGGAAUUAAUAUGAAGAAGACAACUUCAUUUCUUCUGAACAAUUCUCCUAAUUCUUCCAUGGAACUCCCUCAAGUCCCCCCACCAAAAAAGUCUCCCCUCAUCGACUCCCCAACCUCGCCUCAGCUCAUCAUGGGAGAACAAAUCAUCCAUUUCAGCCACCCUCAGCACCCCCUCUCUCAGGUUGACCUGCCUAACUGCUUCACCUGCGCUAGCUGCAAAGAAUACGGCGCUGGCAAGCGCUACACCUGCUCCCAAUGUGACUUCCAGCUUCAUGAUUUCUGUGCCUUGGCUCCUUCAGCUCUCAAGAGUCAUCCCCUCCACUUCCAGCACAAACUCCUGUUCUUUUCUAAACCAGUUAAAGGAGGACUCUUAAAAUCAAGGUGUGAUAUAUGUGCCAAACCCAUCAGAGGAAGUGCUUUCAUAUGCACUGCUUGCAAUUUCCAGAUGCACCCAUGCUGUGCCAUGUUGUCUACAGAACUCGACGUUCCGGCCCAUCCACACACCCUCAAGAUCUUACCUGUGGUGCAAUACUCAUCCAAUGGGAACCUUGAUUUUCAGUGUGGGGAGUGUAAGAGGAGGAGAUCAGGGAGAGUGUAUCGUUGCACCGUCUGUGACUACCAUCUCCAUGCUGUUUGUGCUAAGAGCAUGAUUAAUGGGCUCCAAGCCAAUGGCUUCAAGGGCGUAGAGAAGCCAGGCAUGCUGGGGACUGCAGCCAGGGUUGCUUCUAAGGUCGUGAUAGAGUUCAUUGGGGGGCUAAUUGAGGGGCUUGGAGAAGGGGUUGGACAAGUCCUCAUUCAAAGUGUGACCACCACAGCAGGAAAGCACCAUAUAACACCAUGAUUUCUCUGUACAAAUUAAUUCAAAGCUGUUUGUGACAUAUUGCUGGAUGGAUACUAUUGAAAUCAGUAUCCAUCCAUUAUUUAUGUUGGUAAUAAUUAGUGGGGAGCUUGUGGUACAUAUUUUAUAUGAAAAAGGGAGAUGUCAUGUCUACUUAGCCAAGCUUCAUGCCAAAGACAUACAAGAUUGUAUGUACGUUAUGUUCUCUGUAUAUUUUUGCCAUGGAAAAAAGAAUAAGAAGUGUGUUUAUAA